UUAACGUUAGAGUUGUCUUUCUUGAUCUUCGUCUCUGGGGUAAACAAUGCGGAUCGUUCUAAUAGAUUUCCGUUCAAGAUGAGAUCUAAUGUAACAAAAAUGUCAGAUAAUUGCUAAUUUUAUUUGGAAUAAACAACAGGAUUCAAUAUGUCUUUCAAAGUGCCACAGAAAAAAAUGAAAAGACAGUCGUCCUUUGGGAUGGUCUCUGAUGGCUCAAAAUCUUUGCCAGUACCAAGGUCUGUAGUGAUGAUCCAGAAAGGAAAAGUCAACCCAUUCCUCGACAUCUCAAGAAAAGAAAAUAAAGCAAGUGAAAAAGCUUUUAGUAGUAUUGAUCUGGAACAAAGUGAGGAAAUCUUAACAAGAUUUAAAAAUUUGUUGGCUGGAAAAACAGACAACCUUCCCCAUCUGCCCAGAUCUGUCAUCAGGAUAUUCAUCAGCUCCACUUUCUCUGAUAUGAGAGCAGAAAGAAAUAUCCUGUCACGUGAAGUUUUCCCCAAGCUGAAGGAGCUUUGUUUGUCAAAGGAUCUAGAUUUUCAGGUGGUGGAUAUGAGGUGGGGUGUAACAGAGGACUCCCAGAAUGACCAUAGUGUGGAGAGGAUAUGUCUACAGGAAGUGGAGAACUGCCAACAGAUGUCACUUGGACCAAACUUUGUGGCUAUUAUUGGUGAUAGAUAUGGUUUUCGCCCAGUGCCAAUAGAAAUCAGUGAGGAGGUGUUUAAGACCCUGAAGGAAUUUGCCCAACGAAUCACCACGAAACCACAUGCAGUCAAACUUAUGGAGACUUGGUACAAGUUGGAUGAGAAUUGUCUCCCUCCUAAAUAUAUUCUUCAGCCAAUCAGAUCCCAGUUCUCAUUCUUUGGAGACUACUCUCCUGGAUGUGAUGAACCAAGAGCAAAGCAUACCCAAGAGUGGGAGAACACAUUUGCAGAUUUACGAGACAUUCUCAAAACAUCAGCUUUGUUAGCACAUGAUGAAAAAAAAAUUACAAAUGAACAACUUCAUGAGUACAAUUUAUCAGUAACAGAGAUAGAGAUAAAGAAAGGAAUUUUAGAAGUAAAAUGCCCAGACAAAACUGUUGCAGUGUUUGAAAGAAAAAUUCAGGGGUUCACAAACUACGAUGAUGGAAUGACAAAACGACAUAUUGAUACCUCUGUAGAAAAUGGAAAGGCAGUUCCUGAUAAAGAAGUAAAGUAUCUACAAGGAAAACUCAAGGAAAAGUUGAAGCAAAAGGUUGACCAGAAGUACAUUCAUGAAUACAGUAUUAAUUGGCUGCCAAACGGCAUAGACCCAGCAGCUUCUGAGGACCAUAAAGCCUAUCUGGAUAAGUUCUGUGAGAACUUUUACACAGAUCUCAAAAACAUGAUAGAGGAUGCAGAUGAUAAUAGAGGUCUAAGAGGCAAAAUUUCUACAAAAAUCAGAUUUUAUACUGAUUACUCCGAAAUUCUUCAUCAUUUGCAUUUUUGUGAAUUAAAAUGCAGGACAUUUUGUGGACAGAAAAGGAUUUUAGACAGUGUAAAAGCUUAUAUUUUAGACACUUCAACCAGAAAGCCGUUUGUCAUUUAUGCUCCAUCAGGUCAUGGAAAGACUUCAGUUAUGGCUAUGAUCAUGCAGAGUCUGCCUGACUGGUUCAAGCAGAAGUCACAUGUCAGAAUUAUCCGAUUCUUAGGAACUUCCGCUCUUACCCUAAACAUUUAUGAUGUGUUGCGCAGUGUGUGUGGACAAGUUGCUGAUGUUGCAGAUCUGAUCAUGGAACCAGUUGGCUAUAAGAAAAUCGAAAACAUCCAAGAAUAUAUGCCCAGGUUUUUCAGAAGGGUAUCAAAUUCUCUGAAGAAGCCAGUUGUUAUUCUUCUUGAUUCAUUAGAUCAGUUGUUACCUGCACACAAGGCUUAUGAUCUGCAGUGGUUACCAACCACUCUGCCUCAAAAUUUCAAACUUGUUGUGUCCACCCUUCCAAAAGAGCAUGGAAUUCUAGACAAUUUGAGAGCAAUGCUUCCUGAUAAGAACUGUUAUGUGGAGAUUCCAACCCUUCCACAAGAAACUGGUGUUGCAAUCAUCAAAACAUAUUUGCUAAAACAUAAAAGAAAAGUCACGGAAUACCAAGAGAAGCUCUUGAUGAGUGCCUUUAGCAGAUGUCCUGGUCCAUUGUUUUUGAAAAUUAUUUUAGAUGAAGCAUUGAAAUGGAGAUCAUAUACACUUCAACAGGAUCUAGAUUUGCAGCAAACUGUACAAGGAGCCAUUAAUAAACUCUUUGAUAAUUUGGAAAUAAAAUUUGGAAAGACCAUAACUAGCCAUGCUUUGGGUUACAUCACCAUAGCAAGAGAUGGUAUAUCUGAGAAUGAGUUGGAGGAUGUUUUGUCCUGUGAUGAUGAAGCACUAGAUGAUGUAUAUCGUUACCACAAUCCACCAGUUGAUGGCAUUGUUCGAAUACCCCCUGUCCUGGCAGCAAGAAUUAGGUUUGACAUCAAAGACUACAUUGUGGAAAGGAUAUCUCAUGAUAAGUAUACCAUGAAUUGGUACCACAGACAAUUCAUUGAAACAGCUAGAAAUAGAUAUGCUACUGGAUCCCUUGGAGAAAAGCUUCACCGUAAUCUUGUGGAGAUUUUCAUGUCAGAGAAUGGAGUGAAAAGGGACAUCACUCUCUCCAGAAGAAAGCUGACUGUCACUAAUGCAGACAGGCAAAUCACCCCUCAGCCUGUCACAUGUAAGAACAAGAGAAUGUUGAGCUGUCUCCCAUACCACAUCAUUCAUGCUGGAAAAGCGUUGUCUGAGGAAGUUGCAAAAGAAAACUACUUCUGUCACCUUCGGUAUAUAAGUAGUAAAUUGUCAGCCUUUGGUGUAGAAACCAUGGUAGAUGAACUGUAUGAGUAUUUAGAGAACCAAGAGGAUGAAGAAAUCAAGAAACUCAGAAAUUUCUUGUCAUUGACAAAAAAGAACUUGUCCAAACCUAGCAAACUAGCUUCCAAUAUUCUAGCCUUUAUCAAUGAUGGUCCUGAAGAUUCCUCCCUGAAGAAGCUUAAAGAACAAGCUAUCAACUGCAUAGAAAAUCAGGACACUCCUGGAUUGAUUCCAGAAUACCCUGGCUUGGCACCCAGGAAAGAUCUCACUUCAUCCCUCAUCCAUUCUUACAAUGGAAUAGCUGAAAUAAUUUGUAGUUGCGGGGACUCUGUUUUAGUCAAGACUUGCAGGAAAGGAAAGGUAGAAGAAAAUGAGUUUCCCUAUGAACUCUUUCAUAGUGGCACUGAAGACCUCCAACAAGUAAGCAUUCCAGAUAUCAAAGAGAGAGAGCAUUAUCCACUCAUGGACAAAGCUGGAGAAAAUGUUAUAUAUACUUUAGCUGAUUCCAUUACACUUCUUCACCUAAUUACUGGGAAUAGAGUCACCAAAAUGUUCAAAGACAUUACUGAUGAUCCAUCUAAAAACCAGAUGGUGUGCAAGGAAUUAAGCACUGACACUAGUCAUUUAGCAGUUUUGAUGGAUGAUGGAGAUGUAGUUUUACUGAAUACGGACAGUUUAAUGCAGGUAGACAGAUGGAGUUUAAAAGACGAGGUGGAAGAUGUAAUGGGAGUUCUUUGCACAAAGAGUGACAAUCUUCAGGUUCUUGUGUCAGUCAAUACUGAGACUGGUGGAGCUCCAAGAAGUGAACUCCAACUGUAUAAACCUGGGGAUUUGGAACCAAAACGAUUUCUGUUCAAUUACCCAUUGAGCAAAGGUCUACAGGGACUAUCAUUCAAGGAAUCGUUCUUUACUGCUGUGGCAGUGGAUGGAGGUUCAACCAAAAUGUUGACUGUUGACAUCAAUCAAGCAGAGGAAAUGGCCCCAAUCACACUAGAAGAUUCAAUAAAGCAUAUAGUCUUCUCAAAAUCUAAGCCAAUUGCAUGUGCAUUGACCAGUUCUGAAAAAAUUGUUGUUUUAAAUUUACAGAAAAGCGAGGUUGUGUUUGACGUGUCACCAGACAAACCAGUUUCUUACUUUGGAAUCAGCGGAACAUACAACUGUUUAUUGCUUGGGGAUGAGGUAGGAAGUAUCCAUCUUUACAAUGCAAAGACAGGAGUCUUCUCCGGGGGCUUUCCUGCCCAUUCAGGACCAGUGGAGAAAAUGCAAGUAUUGGAUGAUUACUUAAUUUCUCAUGGACAGAAUGAAAUGAAGGUUUGGUCUCUUACAGAGAUCCUGACUGAGUGUAAGGAUGUGCAGAGGAAAAAUCGAGGGGAGUUUGUUUCAGGGCUCUUGGGUUUAAAAAUAGCCACUUGUUUUGAUCUGCAUCCAAAUGGACUAGAGUUGGUUACAGCAUCAAAAGAUCAAAUGCUACAAGUUUGGAUGUUGGAAGGAGCAAAGUUUUCAAGAGAGAUUGGUAUUAGGAUGGAAGCAAAAAAGAUGGUUAUUUGUGCUGAUGAUAAGUGUUGUCUUGUAGACAGCAAAGGGGAGUUGAGAGUAAUUCAUCUAAUCACAGGCCUAGAUGUUGAUAUGAAUUUACCAAGCCAUGUACUAGACUUUGUCAUUGGAAAGGAUGGUGUUACUCUUUACACCAUUGGAUUGAAACAGGAUAUGUUGAUGAUCAGUGUACUGGAUUUAAAGCUGGGGAAAACUAAAAAGUCAUUUCCCCUAAAAGGAUCCUUAAAAUUCGAAACUAUGUUUGUGUGUUUGAGCGCCAGUGAAAGGUAUCUAUGUAUUCAGAACAAAAUUCUUCCAUCAGAAUUCAAAGAUAUUGAGGCUUCCUGGAAGAAAAAUGGCUCAAAUUUCAAUCCCCAAGUUCACCCAUAUAAGUUUGUAGCUGUGGACUUGCAGCAGGCUACUGGAGGGUUAAUGGUUUGCUUGAGAAAGCUGAGUAACAUUCCAUACCUUGGAGAAAAAAUCUGUGCAUUUGCGGGAAAUAUCAUGGCGGUGACCAUUAACAGAAGGGUUAUUUUCUGGGAUAUGCCCACAGGCAGAUGUGAUCAAAAAGUUUGCAAGAGCAAGAAUUAUAGCAUGAUGUACCGGCCCCGCUGGCUUGAAAAUCCUAAUGAUGUCAAGGGAGGCAGCAAAGCUAUGGAAAUGAGCAAAGAUGGCCAUUUUCUGGCAGUAGGAUCAGAGGAUGGCUACUUGUUCAUAUAUCACACAGAUUCAGGAAUCCCAGUUAGAGAGAAAGCUCCCGCAACCAAACACACUGCCUCAGUGAUUAAAGUUGCCAUAUCUGGGAACAGUAAGUGGGUGGUAUCUGCUUGCCAGAACAAUACGAUCAAGCUGUGGGACACAUCAUCAGGGAAGGAAGUCUUCACUACACGGGUAGAUGCAGAGGUCCAGCACAUUAAAUUCACCCCCAACUCCAAAUAUGUGGUCAUCCUCACAGGGACAAACCACACACGGGUACUGAUAUACAAAGUCCAUACAGGAAGCAGUUAAUAUAAAAUGAUAUCCUCUAGUGAGCUGUAACAUAUACCAGUAAUUCAUACUGUAUUUUGCCUUGGCAUUUAAGUUUUGUCUUUUGUCGUAUGGUAAUCAGAGAAAAGUAAAAGGGAGAUGUAUAUAUCAUGACUUACCGGUAAUUUUUAUUAUCUGUAUAACAUUAUUUUUAAGUUUUAUGAAUUGUGUUUACAUAUAUACGUGUACUUUGGUGUUCCAUUGUUUGUUAAUAAUUUUAUGGUGAAAUUUUAAACAGCAUUGCAGAUCUGAACUUAAGGAAAAUUACCCAUAUCCAAACAUUUUGUUGUCAAAAGAAGAGUUAUGCCCCUUGCCUCAAGAUCUGGUUACUCUUUGAUGCAUUUGUAUUUAUUUACACAUUAGCUGUGAUUUUAAAUUAUUUUUGUUUACAGAAAUGAUAUACUCUCUUUCAUGUGUUAAACUUUUUCAAAAUUUUGAUAUGAAAUCUCUAACUUUUAAUAAUUUGCUGAGUAGUAUUUAAAAAAUGUUUGUACAGAUAUGUAUAUAUGAGAGAUUCUAUACUAAAACUAAAAUAGUGAAGAAUCCCACAAGUGAUCAACCAGUAUGCAUUUGCAUUCUUAAUGUAAUGUUCAAAAACAAAUUUUUUAAUUAUGUGAUCUACUACAUGUAUAAAUAGAACUUUUUUGCUAAAUUCCAGAAUAAUUUGUUGGUUUGUUGGUUAGUAUUUCUUUUAUCUAUACACACAUAAUUAAACACAAUUUUAUUGAUUCAAAAAGAGGCAAUUGUGGACAAAUUAAGGUUUGAUCUCAUCAUCAAAGUUUAAAUGCUUUUUAAAAAUGCAUGUGCUAUGUCAUACUUUGUAGGUUAAAUCAAGAAUUUCACACAAUUUAUAGGGGUCAAUGAUAAAAUAAAUAAAAAUACGGCAAAACAUUGUAAUUUUUUUGUCUUGUAAAAAUGUCAUUAUGCUUGGAACUUUUAUAUUACUCAGGGAAAAAAAUAACUGGUAAUCACAUAUUCUGUUAACUGAUAACAUUAUUUAUAUUUUUUAUUAUUCUUUAUAAGUUCAUUUUGUAGAAAAACAACACUGAAUUUUUAAUUUUAUCUUGAUCUUCAUGCAGUUGUAGAAAAAUAAAGCAAUAUUGUCCCAGCC